AUGCCACGGUCCUUUCUAGUGAAGAGUAAGAAGGCGCACACCUACCACCAGCCCCGUGCACAGGACGAUGACCUGGUCUGGCCUCCUGUUGUAAUUCCUGUGGUGAAAGAGCAUAUCCUGAGUAGCAGCCCUGUCCUGGACACACUACUCCCAAGUCAGACCCUGGACUGGAAGGCAGUCAAACAGGAGCGGGAGAUGCUGCUGGACCAGAGCCUGCCCAAGAUGGCCUCAGCCCCAGAGGGACCACUGGUGACAUCCCAACCCCAGGAUGGAGAGUCGCCGGUCUCUGAGUCACCCCCUUUCUACAAGCCCAGCUUCUCUUGGGAUACCCUGGCCUCCUCCUACAACCACAGCUACCAACAGACCCCUUCUACCAUGCAGUCAGCUUUUCUGGAGCGCUCCGUGAGGCUCUAUGGCAGCCCCCUCGUGCCCAGCACCGAGUCCCCCUUGGACUUCAGCCUCCGCUACUCUCCGGGCAUGGACACUUACCACUGUGUCAAGUGCAACAAGGUCUUCUCUACCCCUCAUGGGCUAGAAGUGCACGUCCGCCGCUCUCACAGUGGAACCCGGCCCUUUGCCUGUGACAUCUGUGGCAAAACCUUCGGCCACGCUGUGAGCUUAGAGCAGCACACGCAUGUCCAUUCCCAGGGCGUCCCUGCCGGGUCCAGUCCUGCGCCCAGCUUGGCUGUCCCGGGCCUCGAGGCCCCACCUGUACCUGACCCCCCAGGGCCUCGUUUCCUCCGGCAGGAGCGUAGCUUCGAGUGCCGGAUGUGUGGCAAAGCCUUCAAGCGCUCGUCCACCCUGUCUACCCACCUGCUCAUCCACUCGGACACGCGGCCCUACCCCUGCCAGUUCUGUGGGAAGCGCUUCCACCAGAAGUCGGACAUGAAGAAACACACCUACAUCCACACAGGUGAGAAGCCCCACAAGUGUCAGGUGUGCGGGAAGGCCUUCAGCCAGAGCUCCAACCUCAUCACCCACAGCCGCAAGCACACAGGCUUCAAGCCCUUCAGCUGUGAGCUGUGCACCAAGGGCUUCCAGCGCAAGGUGGACCUGCGUCGUCACCGUGAGAGCCAGCACAACCUCAAAUGA